CAAGUCACAUUUUUACAGGAGAUCGCUUCUAUAAAUGUGGUUCUCUUAUCAGAUACAGAUCAGAAUGACAAAAGGGGCAAGCAAAUUAUCCGUGAUCUUUGGCAAUCUCAAAAGCCGUUGAUCUGUCUUUUUGCUGAAAAAGAGAACAUUGUGGCUGGUAAAUCGAGUCAGAACAUAAAAAUAGCCAUCAAGAACAGAAACGAGGCAGAAUUAAUAGAUGAAAUAACAGCAACAAUCAGAGAUUUUCUGGCAGGCUCAAUUGCCACUUGUAGUCUUGAUGCUUGUGUAAAAACUGCUCGUGAGCAUGGCUUCCUCAUUGAUGAAGACAAGGAAGAGUGCAAGGAAGCCAAGUCAAAGGCAGAGGCAUUGAUGGUCCUCUUGAAAAAGCAUAGCUUAGCAAGCCUGAAGGAAGAGCUAUUGCCUCUUCAAGGAGAAUUAUGGCACAGGUGGUGUAAGAAAGAUAAGGAACUUACCCGCUUGCAUGAUAAAAAGAACAGAAGCAUUGAACAGCACCGCAGCCAAAUUGAAUCAGAUAAAUAUGCAAUACGACGUGAUCAAUUAAGUAAGGCAUUCCCCCUCAAUAACCUAAUGAAGUCAGUGCUUGAAUUUCUCCAGUCACAUCCAGAGGCCACUAAAAAGUACUUCCUGCAAUGGAUGAAAGUGUUUAUGGAUGAAUUGUCCUCUGACCGCCUUGUAGAUCUUCACCAGAAAUACCACAAAUUAUGGUCUGAAAUAUUGAUAAAGAAAAAAGAAGAAAAUAAUUUGAAAACUAGAUUGCAAAAUGAUUUAGAAAAACUCUCAGCCGAGAUAAAUGAUUCUACAAUUGGCCUUGAACACAUUUUGAGAGAGGUAGGUCAGGUUUAUGAAGCUCUGGAUGCAAUGGUCCAAAAGGAUAAAUGUUUUCUUGAAUUACCUCAAAUUGCAGCUGACCUGAUGGUUUCAGGUUAUCCCAUCGAGCUGAUGGACGGCGAUGCUUCAUACGUGCCAUUAAAAUGGGUCGGAGCAGUUUUUGACUCAUUAAUUGAGAAGCUAGGAGACAGAAAGGUGUUUGUUCUUUCUGUUCUUGGCAUUCAGAGCACUGGAAAAUCAACACUACUGAAUGCCAUGUUUGGUCUUCAGUUUAGUGUCAGUGCAGGGAGAUGCACCAGGGGAGCA